AUGCAUUUUUGUCUCCUCUUUCCACUGACGACACUCGUUGUCAGCCUUCUGAAUGGCUUGGUAGGUGCCAUUGCCGCCAACCCUCUCCCGGCGCCUCAGAAUAUAACCUGGGGCACUUCAGGACCGAAACCUUUGGCUGGGUACUUGGUACUGAACUCGCCAUACAAUCAAGUCGUCAACGAUGCAUGGACGCGAGCAUGGAACACCAUCAGCACUUUGAAAUGGGUCCCCGUCGCUGUGGAAGCCCCGAUUAGCACUUUCGAGCCCUUUCCAACCGCGACACCCUCGUCCAGGGUGAAACGUUGGAAUUCGUUCCUCAGUCAGAUUGACCUUACUAUUGCCGACACCCAAGCUGAUCUACAACAAGGAGUGGAUGAAUCAUACACCAUCGACAUAACCCCAGCCUCAGAAUCUGUCAAUAUCACGGCGCAAACAGUAUGGGGGGCCCUUCAUGCAUUCACCACCCUCCAGCAGAUCAUCAUCUCCGAUGGCCAUGGCGGUCUGAUGAUCGAGCAACCAGUCUCGGUUGUCGACUAUCCAAACUACCCAUAUCGGGGCGUCAUGAUUGACAGUGGCCGGAACUUCAUUGGAAUCCCCAAGAUCUACGAGCAGAUUGACGGCAUGGCGCUCUCAAAGUUGAAUGUGCUUCACUGGCAUUUGGUGGACGCUCAAUCGUGGCCUCUCCAGAUGGCGAGCUAUCCUCAAAUGACCAAAGGGGCCUAUUCUUCCCAGUUGAUCUACUCACAGGACGACAUUCGGUCCAUCAUUGCUUAUGCCCGAGCUCGCGGCGUUCGUGUCAUCCCUGAAAUUGAUAUGCCAGGCCACGCAUCAUCGGGAUGGACGGAGGUUGAUCCAAGCAUUAUUGCGUGCGCAAACUCCUGGUGGUCAAACGACGUCUUCGCACUCCAUACUGCGGUGGAGCCAAACCCGGGACAGCUCGACAUCCUCAACAACAAGACAUAUGAAGUCAUCAAAAAUGUCUACACCGAGCUCUCGAGCUUGUUCACCGACAACAUCUUCCACGUCGGUGCUGACGAGAUCCAAACGGGCUGCUACAACUUCAGCACUCUGGUACAACAAUACUUUGCCCAAAACUCCUCGCGCACGCACAAUGAUCUUCUGCAGAUCUGGGUCGACACCGCCGUUCCACUCUUCACUUCGGUAUCGAACAAGACGUUGAUGAUGUGGGAAGAUGUUGUGCUCAACGCCUACCCACACGCACACACGGUCCCGAAGAACAUCAUCAUGCAAGCGUGGAACAACGGCCUGGAGAACAUCCAUAACCUGACUGCUCUAGGCUAUGACGUUGUGGUGUCGUCUUCCGACUUUUUCUACCUUGACUGUGGGUUCGGUGGCUGGGUAACCAACGAUCCGCGAUACAACGAGAUGGCCAACCCCAAUGCUUCGGUGCCGACCUUCAACUACGGGGGCAAUGGAGGCUCCUGGUGCGCGCCGUACAAGACCUGGCAGCGGAUAUACGACUAUGACUUCACGCUGAAUCUCACCGACACACAGAAGAGCCACGUUCUAGGCACAGAAGUCCCUCUGUGGUCGGAGCAGGUCGACGACACCGUCAUCUCCUCCAAGAUGUGGCCGAGGGCAGCCGCCAUGGCCGAGCUCUCGUGGUCCGGCAACAGAGACCCUGUCACUGGCAUCAAGCGGACGACUCAGAUGUCGCAGCGCAUCCUGAAUUUCCGUGAGUAUCUGGUCGCCAACGGUGUCCAAGCAACGCCGCUGGUACCCAAAUAUUGUCUCCAGCACCCGCACGCCUGUGACUUGUUUUACAAUCAAACAGCACUUGCAGACUAUGCAACGACGCAGUGA